CAUGCACGAAGGUGGUAGGCUAAUUCUCCCCAAGCCAAUAGCCUGACACAUACAGCCCUGGACUUCACCCGUUGCACUAAAGAUAGUGGCUGAUUCGGGCUGUUCGUGUGGCGAACAAAGACCAGCGGGCCGGGCAAUUGGCUAGUGUUAAUGAGAGGUCAUACCUGGUUGACGUUCAAGAGAUGAUGCGCGAAGGAUGCGAAUCCAACAGAUCACACCGUCCUUUGGUCAAGGGUUUCCCCUGGAAUGGGUGGACUGGCAUGCUGGGAUGUCCAGGAUCGACGCAGCCAAAAUGGGAGUUCACAUUUUUAGGUGGCCAGGGGCCACGGUAGAGAUGAAGAGGAAGGAUACAGGGGCCUAUCUAGCUAGAAGGAUGGAGGAGGUAGGUAGGAGAGGACGCCCAAGGGAGACGGACGUGCAGUCUCAAAAAGGAAAAAUGGAUGAGGAGCACAAAAGCAAAAGGGGGGGACCUGCACGGUUUAGUGAGUUUUGGCGAACGCCACCGGGGGUGACUCGGAAUUUAAUUCCAUCCCUUCCCCCUUGUCUUUCCCCAACUAUGUACAGAGUACAGAGUAACCGUGUCGCUAUUGUAUUCCUCGAUGGCAGCGGGUGGGUGGAAGUAGUAGUAGUAGUAGUAGUGGUAGUAGUGCUGGAUACUACUGCGCUGUCCCGAUCCACAGGUGGCCGACGGCUAGAACCCAUGGUUAUGGAGAAGUCCCAUCCACUGGGAUCCGUGGAACUGUAUUAUCUCGAAAGUCUGAUCCAACGUUGUGUCAACAUCCCAAUCCCAACCUCAGAAGGCCCAGAAGGGAAUGGAUACAGGAUCACUCGCCCUGGGAGACGAGGAGAGAGGCGGGAGAGCAGGGCGCGCCCGAGUUGUACAGAGUCAGAUUAGAGUGCAUCGGGCGCGCUGUCAGCCUCAUCUUCUUUGUCCGGAGUAUGUCAUCGCAGGAGAGAGACCGGUAGGAGUCAUCCCAUUUGACGCCCGGGAAGGGGGUCACAACGAUUGAGUGAUGGAGAUAGAAAAGACGGGCGAGCGAGAGAGAGAGAGACAGAGAGAGAGAGGGAGAGAGAGAGAGAGAGAGAGAGAGAGAGAGAAAGAGGCGAAGUCGCGAAACCCCCGAUUGGGUGGGCAUCACGAGGCGCUGGGC